AUAAUAAUAACAACAAGCCGCCGCCCCGACGAUCACGGCGCUCCCUCCAUCUAUCCCUCUUCAUCAUACGCACCGAAUACCACCUCCCCCCCCUGGUACUCCCCCGACAAAAGCCACAACCAUGAUCAUCCUCAUCGUCGGCGCCGGCAUCGCCGGCCUCUCCCUCGCCAUCGCCCUCGGCCAAGCCGGCCACGCCGUCACCCUCCUCGACGCCGCGCCCUCGCUCGCCGAGAUCGGCGCCGGCAUCCAGAUGACGCCGCAGGCCAUCAAGUACCUCUUCGCGCUGGGCCUCCGCGACGACAUCCUGCGCGCGUCCAUCGCCCCGCGGCAGAUGCUCAUCCGCGACGGCCUCACCGGCGGCGUGCUCGGCGCCGUCGACGUCGCCGCCAUGGAGGACUCCUACGGGGCGCCUUACGUGGUCGUGCACCGCGCGGUGCUGCACGCCAUCCUCCACCGCCACGCCGUGCGCGCGGGCGCCGACAUCCUCCUCGACAGCACCGUCGCGCGGUACGACUUCGCCGAGGGGGCCGUGGAGUUGACGAGCGGGAAGACGCUCACCGCAGACUUGGUAGUCGCAGCCGAUGGCAUCAACUCCACCGCGCGCGCGCAGCUCCUCGGCAAAGACGCCGACCCGGGCAGCCAGCCCACCGGCUGGGCGGCCUUCCGCAUGGCCGCCGAAGUGGCCAAGCUUCAGGCCGACCCCCUGACAGCCGACAUCGUCGACCUGCGCUCCGGCAGCUCCAACUUCUGGAUCGCGCCCGACGUCUCCGUCAUGACGUACCUGGUCAAGGAGGCGACCAUGCUCAACCUCGUGCUCUCGCACCACGACGACAUUGACACGAGGAACCUGUCGCUCGAGGAGCACAGAGCCAUCGUCAACGACCUGUUCAAGACAUUUGAGCCGAGAGUCCAGCGCAUGUUCGAGCUCUCGCGCCCCAGCAUCACAAACUACCCCGUGUACGCCGUCCCCCCGCUCCCCCGGUGGACCCAUCCCUCUGGGCGCUUCGUCCUGCUCGGCGACGCGGCACACGCCAUGGCCUUUUACAUGUCCAUGGGCGUCUCCCUCGCCGUCGAGGAUGCCGUCGCUCUAGCCGCAGCCCUCGAGUCAGUUGAUCUCCCACAACGGAGAACAGAGCAGCGCAGCAAACCCCCCGAGGCCCAGCAGCAGGCGCCACCGCCACAACAAGAAGCGCUACAGCGCGCACUCGGUGCCUUUGAGACGGUUCGCAAGCAGAGAGUUGCGGCCGUGCAAGAGGCCAGCCUACACGGCGGCAACUCGCUGCACGUGCCGAGCGGCGAAGAGCGAGACUUUCUGUACGAGUCUCUCAGCCAUUCACACGAAGAUGGCAUCUGGCCAGUCAAGGAGGAUGGUGUCCAGAGCCCUUUCGUCAAGUAUGGCUCGAGUGGCGACAGGCUUGGCCCGGGGGGCAUCACAGACAGAGGUACAAGGGACUGGUGUUACGGUUACGACGCGGUCGCCGAGGUCAUCACCGCCCUCAAAAGCACAAAGGGGCAAAACUGAUUAACUUAGAAUAGACAUGAUGCUUAGGGUAUCGGCCGUCGUAAAGACUGGUGGAGUUAAUGAUAAAGGUGUAGGUGUCUUUGGGCACACAACAGCGCAGGAGCUUCCGCCCGGAUCUCCGCCCGGAUCCCGAUUCGACAACCUCACAAUGUCGCCCUCUCAGCAGCCUGUUGAAACUGUUAGCC